AUGAAGUCCUCCUUUUUCACCUUUUUCACCUUUUUGGCCUUCGGCGGCUUCCUGGCCAGCACCGUCGCCAAUCCCGUGGCUAUCGACAGCGGCCUCGAGGCACGCCAGGAAAGCACCGACGAUAUCGGAGCCACGCUCGACACGCUGUUUUCCCAGAUUCAGGAGAACACGGCCAAGAUCAACGAGACGGUUAUCGCCGUCCCCACGAACGCAACCGAGCAGGAGUCCGCCGCCGCUGCCGCCGAGAUCGGCCCCCUCUUCGACGCCAUAACCGCUCUCGUGGCGGCGGCACAGUCCGGCAUCACGGCGACGCAGUCGAAUGCUACGAAGCGCGCCGCUCUGGCUAGUCGCCAGACGACGUGUGAUGCGCAGUGCAUCGCCGACAAGAUCAACGCGAUUAUUGCUGAGGUUAUCGCUACUAUCAAGCUUGCUAUCUCUAAGCUUGGUCUCGUUCGUCUUCUGAUCUACGUGACGCCGCUGGCUUUGGGCAUCGCGGCCCUCGUUGCGGCGCUGGGACUUAUUGUUGGUGGGCUUUUGUUCUUGGUUGCGGGUCUCUUGACGGAGCUGCUUGGGCUUGUUGGUGUUGGGCCUCUUGCUGGCGUAUGA